UGGAAGGGUUCGCUGUGGGCAUGCGCAGUUUGUGUGGUAUUGAGCGAUUUUUACGCAGCUUUGGUUCUGUUCUGAAAUGUGUUGGUUCUGUUUGUAAAAGUUCUGGUUAUCUUUCUCUGCUGAUUCAAGUACUGUUGUUUAAAGCUUAUCGGUCCAGUGACCCGUAAUAUCCCUGCUCUUGUCUUUCCGGUGUCAAAGUCCGAACCGGGUCCAGUCAGUCAGGUGUUACGUCGAUUCGCGUUUCCCCAUCAGAUACGGUUUCCCCAGCGUCUAAGGCGCGUGCUUGUUGCAGGCUCGGAACCGUCGCGCUGUGCUCGCGCCACACGGGAACUACGGUAACCCUGAAAGCUCAAAUAUCAUGUUUCGGAGAAGUCGAUCUACAUUUGUUGAACUAGUGUGUUGUUAAAUAAACUAAUAUAGACAGACAGACGGACGGACGUCGGGUACGUACGUAACACCGGCAUGGUCAUGAACUGAACCGAAGGUUCUGCUGCUUCUGGGUUUGAUGAAGCCAGGUUCGGUAAUCCUGGUGACUGCAGAUCUUCCGGGGUCUCAUUUAUUAACGUGGCGUGAAGCCUGAAACAGACGUACGUCACGCAAUAAAAAACUGACUUGAGCGGAGAAAGUUCAGUCCCUCACAUGACCUCUGACCCAUGGGUCCGCUCGUUUUGGAGACCGGGGAAACUGGCGGCGCAGAUGGAGAGGAGGGAACUGAAGGUGAGUCCAGCUCCUCCCUCUGAUUGGGUCAACAGGAUGUUGCAGCGAGUAGCGGUGGUGGGAGCGGGGGCAGCCGGACUCUGUGCAGCCCGGCAUAUCCUGUCCCGCCCCGGCAACUUUGCCCCCCCGGUGGUGUUUGAGCUCACUGGGAAUGUCGGCAGAACCUGGUCCUACGAAGAGCGCGUCGGAUCGUACUCCAACGGGAGGCCGGUGCUCAGCAGCAUGUACAGAGACCUCAGAACCAACCUGCCCAAAGAGGUGAUGAUGUUCCCUGACUUCCCCUUCGACCCCGAGCUGAGCAGCUUCCUGUCCCAUCAGGAGGUUCAGAGGUACCUGGAGAGGUACUGUGACAGCUUCCAAAUCGGGCCUCACAUCCGGUUCAACACUGCGGUGGAAAACAUCACGCCUGUUUCCAUGACAACAGUUAGUAGGGAAAGAAUGGUCACAUGGGAAGUGACAUCAUCGGAUUCAUUGGGUCAUCAGAAAACAGAGACAUUUGAUGCCGUUUUCAUUUGCUCAGGGCAUUAUUCCGACCCACACAUCCCACACAUCCCAGGGAUCCAGAACUUUAAAGGGAAGGUUCUGCACAGUCACUCGUACCGCUUCGCUGAACCGUUCUCAGGUCAGACAGUGGUGGUUCUGGGAGCUAAAUCUUCUGGACUGGACAUUUCCAUGGAACUGGUCAAAGCUGGAGCCAAGGUGAUUCUGAGUCACCGCCACCCUCCACUGACCGUUCCUCUUCCUCCUGGGAUUCAGCAGUCAAGCUCUGUGGCGGCGGUUGAGGCCAAUGGCAGCAUUCGCCUCCAGGACAGCUCGGUGUGUCAGGCUGAUGUCCUGAUGUUCUGCACCGGAUACAACUUCAGCUAUCCCUUCCUGGACUCGGCUCAGCUAGGUAUGGAGAUCCAGGACCACGUAGUGUCCCCGCUGUACCGAUACAUGAUGCCUCCUUCCUUCCCUUCAAUGUUCUUCAUCGGCAUCUGCAAGAUCAUCUGCCCCUUCCCCCACUUCAACUGCCAGGUCCAGUUCGCUCUGGCCGUGUUGGACGGGUCCGUCAUCUUACCUCCUCAGGAGCAGAUGGAGGAAGAGGUGCGGAGGGAGCAGCAGAAAAAGCUGGAGCAGGGAGUCCAGCAGCACCACCUGCUGAAGAUGGACCAGGAUCAGUGGGAAUACUGCGACGCGCUGGCUGGUUCUGCCGGCUUCCCGCUGCUCCUGCCGGUGGUCCGGAGCCUGUAUGAGGAGGUGUGGCGCCAGAGACAGAUUCACCCUGAAAACUACAGAGAGCUCAACUACCGGCUGGUGAGCGCCACCCAGUGGGAGCUGCUCAACUGACUGACGGAUCAGGAAGUUUCAGGAUCCAGCAGCUCUGCAGUGUGAGCAGGAAUCACCAUGGAGGAGUUCCUCCAACAAGUUCUUCAUAGACCCUCAGAACGUCCGGUUGAUCCUCCACAGAUCUGAUGUUCUUCAUGUGAUUCUCCUGCAUCACUUAAUGACUUUAAUUUUGUCACCAUAAAACCUAAUUUGAUUAGUUUCUUCCUCUGGCGCCACCUUCUGGUCAUGACAACUCAUCCUAAACUACCUCAGUAGCUCAAUUCUUCUUCAUUUCAUGUUUUCCAUUAAAUGUUGCACUUUGAAUGCUUCUUAAAAUCAUUGAAUUAUUAUUGAAUUUUGUCAGUUUGACAUCAUCAUUAUGGAAGCAAAUUGUUACCAUAUUUCAAAUGAAAAAGCAUUUCCAGAAAUACUUUUUCAUUUUAAGAAUGCGGCUGCAUUAUUUGACUCAUAAAUAAAAUUAGUAAUCAAUCA